UCGGUGUUGCGGCAAGAUGGCGGCGCCCAGGCGCUCGGCGCAGCGCCGGGACGGGCCGGGAUAGGGGUCGUAGAGGUGUGAGGCCGUGGGGAGCGAGCCGCCAUGCUGCGCGUUUCUCUGCGUCAGAUCUCAGCAGCACUAAAGGAAGGACAGGUCACCCCCACAGAGCUCUGCCAGAGGUGCCUCGCUCUCAUCAGAAGCACCCAGUUUCUCAACGCCUACAUUACGGUAGCGGAAGAAACUGCAUUAAAGCAGGCUGAGGAGUCGGAGAAAAGAUACCGAAGAGGUCAGCCACUGAGUGAGCUGGACGGAGUUCCCAUUGCAGUGAAGGACAACUUUAAUACAGCUGGCAUUGAGACAACAUGUGCAUCAAACAUGCUAAAAGGUUAUAUUUCUCCUUACAAUGCUACAGUGGUUCAGAAGUUACUGGAUCAGGGAGCUGUGCUUUUAGGAAAAACAAACCUAGAUGAAUUUGCAAUGGGAUCUGGGAGUACAGAUGGGGCAUUUGGACCAGUCAGAAAUCCCUGGAGUUAUUCAAGACAAUACAAGGAAAAAUCUGUACCCAGAUCUGAUUCUGAGCCUGAAAACUCUAACUGGGUAAUAACAGGAGGGAGCUCUGGAGGCAGUGCAGCUGCUGUAUCAGCUUUCACAUGUUUUGCAGCUUUAGGGUCAGACACAGGAGGAUCUACCAGAAAUCCUGCUGCUCACUGUGGUGUAGUAGGUUUAAAGCCAACAUAUGGACUGAUCUCUCGCCAUGGUCUCAUUCCUCUAGUGAACUCCAUGGAUGUGCCAGGAAUCCUAACCAGAUGUGUGGAUGAUGCAGCUGUUGUGCUAGGUUCACUUGCUGGGCAUGAUCCUAAAGACUCUACCACAGUUCAGGACAUCUUUCAGCCAUUUGCACUGCCAAGUUUGACGGAUGUCAGCAAGCUCUCUAUAGGAAUUCCUAAGGAGUACCAGGUACCAGGGCUUUCUAGUGAAAUUCUGGCUGUUUGGUCAAAGGCUGCUGACCUCUUUAAGAAUGCAGGUGCUAAAGUAGUUGAAGUGAGUUUACCACACACCCGUUACUCAAUUGUCUGCUAUCAUGUGCUCUGCACUGCAGAAGUGGCAUCAAAUAUGGCCAGGUUUGACGGACUGGAAUAUGGACAUCGUUCUGACGUGAACAAGUCCACAGAAAGCAUGUAUGCUGCAACACGACGAGAAGGAUUUAAUGAUGUUGUAAGAGGAAGAAUUCUAUCAGGAAACUACUUCUUGUUGAAACAGAAUUAUGAGGAUUACUUUGUCAAGGCACAGAAAGUCAGACGUCUCAUUGCCAAUGACUUUGUGAAGGUUUUUGGAAGUGGUAUUGAUAUUUUACUCACUCCUACCACUCUGAGCGAUGCACUCCCGUAUAUGGAAUUCAUCAAAGAAGACAACAGAACCCGCAGCACGGAAGAUGACAUCCUAACACAGGCUGCAAACAUGGCUGGACUGCCAGCCGUAAAUGUUCCUACAGCUCUUUCAGGAAGAGGCUUGCCAAUUGGGCUUCAGUUCAUUGGGCGUUCAUUCCAAGAGAAGCAGCUGCUCACAGUAGCCAAAUGGUUUGAAAAACAAGUACAAUUCCCAAUGAUUCAGCUAGAAGAAGUGAAGAAACAUGACAACGGUGUCCUUCAGCAUCAGAAAUCUGCUUCUUUUUCAUAGUAUCAGAUUUGCUGGUCAGCAAAAGCAGGAAGGUUGUUGGGAUAGUUUAAAAAUGUACUUGUGCAAGAAAAAAAAAACACCAGCAGUUUAAGACAAUGAUAUGCUGUUAUGCAGGAUGGAAUAAUAAUUUUCCAUUAUUAAUUAAGGCAAAGCAAAUCAUUAAGUAAACAUGUAUAUCUUACUAAGAGCCACUUCUUACUGAUAUUAAAAACACCAGAUUGAAGUUAUUUAUCUUACAUCUGUGAAGCUGCUUUUUUCCAUCCCCAGAGGGCAUGUAAGGUAUCUGGCUCAUUAAAGAACUAACCUGAA